UACAAUAUGCCUGGGUCAUCUUCAUCUUCAUUAAGUAUCAGAGAACCCUGUUUCUGUAGGCAUAUGAAAAAAGCAGAUGAGAUAAUUCUGUCUAUUCCUUCUGAUGCUGCUUGCAAGCUGUGGGGUGUUGAUAUGGGCCCUACAAAUGUGGACAUACAUACUGAUGAUGGCCGCAUUUUUAAUGUUUGUUUAAGCUACUCUAAAGGAAAUUUGUUCCUUUUCCAUGGAUGGUCCAAUGUAACACAACAUUUGGGACUAUCCGAAGGAUGUUUUAUAGUAUUCAAUCCCCUCGAUUGUACUACGUUUAAAUUAACGCAUUUCAUUGAUGGUGUUAGCGGUAGCUCUUUUUGGACAUAUCUGCUACGUACAUCAUCACAUUUUUAUGUAAUACCUGAAGUUCUCCGACCGGAAACCUUUUCUACAUCCAUUGAUUUAAUAUCCACUAUAAUGAUAAACAACAAUCCGUUUCAUGUUAGGAUUGAAACGGAUGGCGGUAAAUUCGGAUUUACCGUUGGUAUUGACGUUAUUGUUAGUUUUUUACAUUUAGAGCCUGGUUGUUUUUUGAUAUUUACAAAGUAUUUUGGUAAUGAUUUUAACUUAAAAGUAUUUGGAAAAAAUUGUGUUGAAAAGAACUUUCUUGAUGUAGACGUUGAUGUGCCUUUAGUUCCUCCUAUUGAUGCUGUGAAUGAAAUUUAUGAAGAACCACAUAUUCGUGUGUAUCGGUUUUCCCGUACCGUUGGUACCGAUUUUAUGCUUCCCGAUCGUGUUUCUGAAAUGGCCAAACUUAAUAUUUGUUUGAAAGAUAUAACCGUCAGACUUUUGAAUCUGGAACCUCCAGUUCAGUUUACCAAUGGUACAAGACGUGAAAGGACACAUAAUGGUUUUCGAUAUACGUUAAGGCGAUGGUCUAAGUUCAUGAAAACUGCUGGAAUUAAGGAUGUUGUCGAUGAUGUAAAUGACAUGCUUUUAGCUAUUAAGGAAGAGAGCUAUACACAAAGGAUAUGUCAAAUACGGUUUAGAUGAUACAUGUUCAAGGUAAUAAGAAGAAACCCUCUGUCGAAUUAGCAACCAUUUUUAGAGUUUUGCUUAAAAGAUGGAUGUGUCGGUGAUGUUGUCGAGGAGUGUCCGGAAAUGCUUAGUGCUAGCAUUUUCUUAUACUCCUCGACAAUGUCACCGACCCCUCUUAAAAACUCCAUCAAAACUCUCACACCGGUUGCUUCUUCAACAGAGGUUUUUUUUUUUUGUUACCUGAACCUGUAUCAUCUCAACUUUUUUUGACUGACUGUUUAUUGUUAUUACAUCAACAUUCAAUUAAGAUUAAUUUCUUAAUUAAAGUUGAUCGGAAUAACUUUUCAUCACCACAUAUCAUCUCAUUUUUAUGUCAUUCGUUAAUUUAUCAACGCCGGAAACCUUUGAUAUUGACGUUACAAUCAUUGAUCUAAUAUACACGAUAUCGAUAUCGAUAUCCAAC